UCUGUUGCUACGGCGUGAGAAGACCUAUUAAUUUGCGUCGAAAUGACUAACAAUUUAUCACAAAGUCAGGAUAGUUUUCCCUGGAAAUGCUCAGAAUGAUAUUCAACUCUGAUUAGCCAGUGCGAUAGAGGUAAAAAUAUUAAUCAUGUCUGACAAACUGAGUCGUCAAGAUGCCCUCUGGAUUCUGCGCAAAACUGAUUUACCAGGAUCUAUAUCUAGAGACGUAAAGUUUGCUUUGGCAACAAAAGCGGAAAGAUGGAAAAUGAUUCAAGGAAAGACAGAUGAAGAAGAUGUAAAAAUAGCUGCCAGCAUAGAAAUUCAGCGAGUAUGGAGAGGUUAUUUUACAAGAUGUAAGCUGUUUGGAAUUCUCCAUCCAAAUGCAAGUGUGAUGUCCACAGCCCUUGGUAGUAGAUUUGUGCAGAGUCCAUCAAGGCUAAGUGAUGUAAGGACCGUUACUCCUAUGGUUCCACAUACCACACCACAGCCAUCGAGACUCUUCAAGGGUAACCAAAUUCCUACCAAUGCCUUGCCAAUCACAAAGAAUAAAUAUAAGGAAUACUGUGAGAAAACAGUGGCACAACAAGGCCCAUUAUGUAGACUGAUGUCAUACACAGAAUUCUGUGCUACUCUCAUCCAAAGGUGGUGGCGUUUUAUAUUACUGAGACCAGUGUUUCCACGACCACCCCCUCCUACCACAGAUGGAGGAUUAUCACCAACUGGAGGUGUCCAGCAACGGGCCAGUACAGCUGAUUCAGAAGAACCAGCAAGGAAAAAAGUUGUUGAUAGAGAAGAGGCAGCAAGGAUUAUCCAGAGAUCUUGGAGAAAGCACAUAGACAUCCAAGUAUACAGAUACUACAGAGAUCUGAUCAACUUCAAAUGUCGGGGAGACCCAUCUUCAAUGUUGAAAUGUAUUAACCCAAGAGAGGCCGAGCUUUUAGAUGCUGCAGCAGGGGUACACAUUAAGUUUAGGCUGGCAGGAGAAAAGUUCCCUCCUAACAUAUACUACAAGAUUUUUACUCACCACAACAUAGUUGACAUGUGCGCUAAUGCACCAAGAGAUUACACUAAAGCCUCAACUAAGAGACUUCCAGUGAAUUUUGUGCACAACAAAGGGCAAACAAUGGAGGAAGAUGAUAUGUCAGGCUGGUACCAGAGGUGGGAAAACAACGGCUGGAGGCUUGUCUCCGACAGAGUGAUGAAAAGAGUUGAUCAGGAUCCAGUUGUUUAUGAGUCAACGCUAAAAAAACAAAGUUUUAGUCAUAACAAGGUUGCAAGGAAACAAGACCUUGAAAAGAAGCGCAAACGGAAAAAAGUCGAAUGGAUGAAAAAGAUGUACAGAGAGGGGAUGUUGAAGACACAGCGUGGAAAUGACUUAGAGACUGAACAAGUUGUACAAUCAGUGGCUGAAGGAAUGCUAACAAUCACAGACAUGCGAGGGCAGGAUGCUGUGGAAGAUUGGGAAGUGGAUGAACUCCUGGAGUGGACCAACGGACUUAACUUUGACCAAUAUUUGUAUGACUGGAAAGAGAUUGCCACAAGUGCAGGCUCAGAAUAUUUAACAGAGCAAACCAAGUUCUUGCCAGAUGAUCCCUUCUCACUGACGCUACUCUCUAGAUGACAAAACAUUUCACUGUGGCUUUUUAUUUAUUGUGAAAGAUUAUGAGAUCGCGUUUGUGAUAGUGAAAAUUGUAUAUAGUUUGUAUUUCUGUAAGUAUAGUUCAUAAAAUGUAAGUAUUUAUGCGAGUGUGUAGUGUACAAUAACGCAGAAUCAGCGUGAUUAAAAAUAAUAUUAAAAUUGUC